AGAAAAAAGCGACCCACAAUUGGGCAUAUUAUCAACGAGUUGUUAGAGACCGAAACUGUCAUCUGCGGACCCUUUCCUGAGGAGUCCAGUAGUGCGAGUACAGUGGAAGAAAGAAGUAGCGGAGAGGAGGAGGAGGUCGAUCGGGCUUCCCAUGUUUGGUCCCUGGGGAGGAAAUGCUGGGAAAGCUCACACCAUUAAAGGGGCAUCUCAUCGUCUAGAAAGCAUAACAAUUUGGAGUGCUGAUAUUGUAGAUGCGCAUGCAUUCUCAUACAGUGAACCUAACGGGAAGAAACACAAUGUAGGUCCAUGGGGCGGUCCUGGUGGGAGUUCCAAUAGGAUUCACUUUGGGCCUUCAGAAUUUCUGCUGGAAGUUUCUGGAACAACUGGCCCGUAUGUAUGUGCAGAGGUUGAUGUGGUAAAGUCGAUUAAGCUGGUCACUAACGCAGGUAGCUAUGGACCUUUUGGCUCAGGAGGAGGGACUUCUUUCAAGACUUCAGUGCAAAACAAUGGCAGCAUUGUUGGCUUCUUUGGGCGUGCGGCGACUUUUGUCCAUGCGAUCGGUGUCUACAUGAGUCACAGCAGUACUCCCACCACUGCUGCUAGCAGUCGUGUCCAAAGGGACAUAGAAAGUGAUCGGAUGGAAGCAAAUUUUGACCUGGAAACGAUAGAGGAAGGAGAGGAUGAUAAUGCGCCUUCAAAGAUUGGACCUUGGGGUGGAAACGGAGGGAUGGCUCAUGACAUGAAGGUAGUACCCCACCGUAUGGAAAGCGUGACAAUAUGCAGCGAUGCAGUCGUCAAUUCUCUUACAUUUUCGUACAAUGACCGUAACGGGAAGCAGCGGAUUUUAGGUCCUUGGGGAGGUCCUGCUGGGAGCUCUUUUACAAUUCGGCUUGGAGCCUUUGAGCAUCUGAAGGGAAUUGUCGGAACAUUCGGUCCGUUUGAUGCAGCAGGCAAUGUUAUAACCUCACUUACGUUUACCACAAACCUUCGAAAAUAUGGACCUUUCGGACGAGGAGGAGGAACGACGAGGAGGAGGAACUGAGUUCACGGUUCCAGUGGAGGUACAUGGCAGCGUUGUUGGCUUCUUUGGACGCGCCGGGACUUAUCUUGAUGCACUAGGGGUCUACAUUCGAACAUACUGACUAAUAAAGCAGAGUUGUUAAGAUA